AUGAUGGACGUGGAAAUGUCGGAGCCCGGCGCAGGAAAGGGAGAGAAGAGCGCGAGCAGCUCACGCAAGGCGUCUACGACAGUUUCUACCCGCUCUUCCCGCCGCACCGCCAGUCCUUCUCGCAGCUCGAAACAGGACGACGCGGCCCCGCCAACGCCAGAGUCGCCACCGUUCCGCCUCACGCGGAAGCGGGCUGCGUCGCUGGCCGAUAAAGGGGACAGGGAGGAAGACGACGUCGUCGAGGAUAUUACGCCGACCACCACGCACUCUCGCAUGAGCUCCGGCGGCGCGUCUGUGGGGUCUGUAGCCUCUCCGGCAAAUCACGUCUGCUUGUGUCAACCCGACCCCAAGAUCCCACGACCAAGAAACGCCUUCAUACUAUAUCGGCAGCACCAUCAGGCCGCCAUCGUGGCCCAGCAUCCCGGGUUAGCCAAUCCCGAAAUUUCCAAGAUCAUCGGCGAACAGUGGAAAUCGCAACCCGAAGCAGUGCGCAACGAGUGGAAGGCUCUGGCCGAAGAGGAGAAGCUGCGUCACCAGCAGCAGUACCCGGAAUACCGCUACCAGCCUCGCCGCGGCGGACGUCGGGGAAGCCUGACUGCGCUCAACACCGCCACCGACAAGCACCUCUGCGCCAAGUGCGGCGGCCGAAGCAUCACGACUCCAACGACGCCCUUCCCGUCCCACCAUCACGGCCACAACGCCGCCGCCGCCACGACGGCGUCAGCAUCCUCCCCUUCCUCCAACGUCCCCAUGCUGCCCCCUCCGACGCCAUCGUCGGCCCUGACACCCACGUCCCGCUACCUCCCGCCGAUGAUGUCCAGCCUCGCCAUCAACACCGGCGCCUCCGGCAGCAGCAACAACACGAACAACACCAACGCCCUCCCCCGCCGCACGAGCAGCACCGCGCGCCCCAGCCCCCUCACCAACCUGCACGCCGCCCGCGCCAACAGCCGCGACGAGCACCCCAUGGACAUGCAAAUGCUCUCGCCGCUCUCCCCCGACGCCAAGCGCCGCCGCCUCCACCAGACAUACGUGCCCCCGCCCUCGGCGUCCUCCACGCCCCGCUCCGCCUCCCUCUCGCAGCAGCAGCAACAGCAGCCGGGCACCCCUUACCCCUUCCCCUCGGCCGACCCCCGCCGACAGUCGCUGCCGCGGCCGGACAUGCUGCGCGGUGGCGGCGGUAGCAUCUCCUCGCCCCGCCACAAUAACAACGGUAACAACAAUAACAGCGGGAGCACCUACCACCUCCAACGCGACGGCAGUAACAACCUCACCCUCCCGCCGCUGCAGACCGCCGCCAAUAGCAGCCAUCAUAACCACCACCAUCACCACCACCACCCCUACCCGGCAGGGGCGGCCGCCGCCGCCUCCGCCAUCGCCGCACGCCAUGCUGGUAGCAGCAGUGGUGGUGGCGGCCCUGGCACUCCUGUUUCUAGUGAGGCGCUGCUCCCCGCCGCCGCCGCCGUCGCCGCCACCAGGAAAGUAGGGCCCGAAGCCACGAUCUGGAGCAAGAUUUUGAUUCUGGGCAAGAUCGCGCCGCCGUACCGCGGGGUCGGGACGGCGGCGGCGGCAGGGGCGGGUCCGUCGUCGUCGUCGGCGGUCUCGUCGCGGUCAUCGUCGUUGUCGUCGCCUUCGUCGUCGUCGCAGCAGCAGCAGCAGAAUAGGGGGGAGGAGAAGAGCGAGAAUAAGAAGGGGAAGAAGGGGAAGGGGGAGAAGGUGCGGGGGGCGAUUGUGGCGGUCGAGGGCGAUGACGUGGCGGCGGCGAGGGCGAUGGGGAAGUGGUUGGAGGAGAGCUUCAACAAGUCGGGGGAGGUGUGGGCGAGGGUGGCGGAGGCGCCGAGGGGGCCGGACGAGGCGGUGGUGGUGGGGAGGGGGGCGGGGACGGGGACGGGUGGGGAUGGCGAGGCCGGCGAUGGGGAUGUUGAGGGUGCGGGUGGGAAUGGUGGUGGUGGUGGUGGCGUCGUCGUCGGCAUUGGGGACUACAUCCAGGUCAUUGCUGAGUGGCACGGCAAGACGAAGGAAAUGGUCGAGUUCAUCACCAGUCCGCCCAGCGGUGGUACGCCAGCGGACGGCGGGGAGAGUAAUGGUGAGGCGGUGGCGGACAGGAGGACGCCCGUCCUCAUCAUGCCGACGUACAGCCUGCGGGCCACGGACGCGUGGGCCAGCCGUCUCCAUGUCGGCGACAACUACGCCCGGUCGGAUCACUGGCAGUGGUCGGCGACGCUGUGGCGCGGCAUCGUCGGGCCGGACAUCACCGUCUAUGUUAGAGACGUGUCGGAGCUGGACUUGCCAGUCGGCAAGCCCGUCGAUGUGCUUGAGCAAGGGGCGUCAAAGUGCCUGAUGGUGAAGCGCGUGGUCGGCAAGGAGAUUGAGGAGAGCGCAUUGAGGAGGCUCGGGUUUGAGAUCGGCGAGCUGAUUAGGAGCGUGAGCCAGGUAAAUGGGAAGUAG